AUGGUGUUGGAGUGGAGCCAGCCACGUUACGGGGGCUUCCUGCCCCCUGGGAGGAUUCGGCAGCUGUUCGUGAAGCCCCUCGGCGGGGGUGGGAUACGGUGCAGUAAGCAUCAUUGGAGGCAGCGCAGAGGAAACUCCUUUCCAGUCAAACAAUUUUGUAUGGAGCUGAACCAGCCGACACUGCCAAACAUCCGCAAGUGGAAGGGCCCUAGAGGAUGUUGGAAGGGUGUUGUUUCCGAAAAACCCUCAGGCCAGCUACACAAGGGAGUUGAAUAUUCUGGCUUCCUCUGGGAUACAACAGCUGGCAUUGAAUUGAAAGAUGCUUCAUCUCAGGAGAGCACACAGACUAAUGGCAAUGGGAAGCACUCAUAUCCUCACCCGUAUCUUGCACAUUUCAAGGUUGGGAUGAAUGAUCUAACGCUGGUGAACCUUCAUCUGGCCUUGUCGCCCUCGGCAGGAGAGAAUACCGGGAAGAACCACGACAGCCACAAACUAGCAGCCUUUGCACAAACGUUGCAGGAGACUCUGAAAGGAGAAAAAGAUGUGGUCAUCCUCGGAGAUUUUAACCAAGCCCCGGACAGCAGCGACCAUGACAUCCUGAGGAAGGAGAAGUUCCAUCACUUGGUCCCUUCCAGCACCUUCACCAACAUCAGCACAAAGAACCCACAAGGGUCCAAGUCGCUGGAUAACAUCUGGAUCAGUCGGAGCUUGAAAAAAGUUUUCACAGGCCACUGGGCUGUUGUGCGAGAAGGUCUUACAAACCCAUGGAUCCCUGAUAACUGGUCCUGGGGUGGAGUGGCUUCAGACCACUGCCCCGUGCUCGCUGAAUUUUACCUGGAAAAGGACUGGAACAGGAAGGACACGACGCGGAACGGGAACGGGGUGACGGUUGAACGCAAUGACUCCCACGCUAAGCACGAACGAUGACGUGAACUUGAGGGUGCCUCUUCUGCUCCCCAGGGAGCCGUCGAAGGCUCCGUUCGCUCGCGGCUCAGCGGCGGAGCAGGACUGCCUCCCCUUCUCCCUCCUUCUCGCUCUCCUCCCCGCGCCUAGAAAGCAUCAGCACUUGGUUUUGGUGGCCCUGGCUUUGUGACCCUCCUGGACAGUUGUGGGGUGUCUCAUGGCAGCGGAGUAAUCUGCAAGUUUUUCUGGGGACACAGUGGACAUUUUCAUGCCUGGAGAUUUGGAUGAGAAUUGUACAGAAAAUAAAGUGUACUUUUAAUACUG